AGAAGCUGAAUUUCAGGUUGUAGAGUAUUAUUUUCCAGCUCUACAGACUUCCUGGUUAGACUCCUCCCUUUCAGCUGAGAUGAAACUCCAGGUCAGAGUGACACACUGUACAUGUGAGAAAACGGCUGAACAACACAAGGAACUUCUUUAACAGACUCUGCACCUGAACAUCUGAACGUGACAUCAUGGAGGAUUCCUGGUCAAGGAUGAAGCUCCAGAUCACAUCCAAAUCCACCGUCAGAGCGUCCUUCACCCAGCAGCUGCAUUAGUGUGAAGAUAAGUGAACCCGCUGAUCUUCUGGCCAUGCGUAAGAGGAUCUUGGACUUGUUCCUGGUCAACGUGUUGACGUGUGGGCUGGAGAUAUGCAUGGCUACCGGCACCAUCUACAUCCCGCCCCUCCUCCUGGAGGCCGGAGUGCAGGAACGCUUCAUGACCAUGGUGCUUGGUGUGGGUCCUGUCCUGGGUUUAUUAUUCGUCCCUCCGCUGGGUUCGGCGAGUGACAGAUGUUGCAGUCGUUAUGGCCGCCGACGUCCCUUCAUCUGGGCCCUGUGUGUCGGCGUGCUGCUCGGCCUUGUGGUCAUUCCUCGUGCUUCCCAGAUCGCCUCUCGGGUCUCUGAACAGCGUGGGUUGGAGCUUCUGCUGUUAGUGUUGUCCAUCUGCGUGUUGCAGUUCUGUGGUCAGGCCUGCUUCACCCCUCUGGAGGCACUGGUGUCUGAUCUCUUCCCCGGAGAAGCGGACAGCCGCCAGGCGUUCUCCGUCUACUCCAUCAUGCUCAGCCUGGGAGGAUGCAUUGGGUAUCUGCUCCCAGCCGUGGACUGGACAGGCCUGGGUGCGUCCUCUUACCUGGGAGGCCAGGAGGCCUUCAUUUACUUUCUCCUUACUGUGAUCUUCCUCUUAUGCCUCAUGACCACAGCCUUGAUUUCUGAGGAGCAGACGGUCAAAACAGUGAACGAGUCGUCCAGGAGAUCUCUGAGCUUGUACGCCGUGUGCUGUUGGCCAUCCGGGUUGUUCUCCAGGGCUCAGGCGCUGAAGCGUGCUGUGGUUAGCCUGUUCACAGUCAUGCCCAGACUCUGGUCAUUCUCCAGCCACGUUCCCAGGGUGAUCUCUCGGCUGUUUGUGGCUGAGCUGUGCAGCUGGAUGGCUCUGAUGACGUUCGUGUUGUUUUAUACAGACUUUAUGGGGGAGGGAUUGUAUGAUGGCGUGCCCAGCGCUAAGCCAGGCUCUCCGGAGAGACUUCGCUAUGAGGAAGGUGUGCGCAUGGCCAGUCUCGGGCUGUUCCUGCAGUGUGUGACCUCGGUGACCUUCUCUAUCCUGAUGGAGCGGAUGGUGGAGCGUGUUGGUGCGCGUGUUCUGUACCUGAGUAGCUUGGGGCUGCUGACGUUCAGCACAGCUGUAAUGACCGUCUCGAAGAGCGUCGUCCUGGUGACCGCGAUGGCGGCGAUGACGGGUUACACCUUCUGUACUCUGCAGAUCCUGCCGUACACGCUCACCUGUCUUUACCACGCAGACAAGCAGGUAUUUUUUUCCAGUAGCAGACCCAAACUCCUAUCCAGCAGAGAAAGCCUGGUCGAAUCGACUCAUAAGCAGAUUUCUGGCUUGUACCGAGAAACAAACGGAUGUUUAAACGGUCACGCUCCAACUCCCUCGGCUGUUUCCCCGUCAAUCAAUUCCCACGUCUCCCUGUACGUGGACGCAUCGUCCGGUUCCUACCAGCCUCAGAGAGGAAUGUGUCUGGACAUGGCCAUCCUGGACAGUGCAUAUCUCCUGUCUCAGGUCGUCCCAUCGCUCUUCAUGGGCUCCAUCGUGCAGCUCUUCAGCAGCGUCUCCGUCUACAUGGUGUGUGCUUCGGUCCUCAGCCUGCUCGCCGUCGUCUUUUCCAGCAGGAUCGUCUUCACCAGGCAGGAAAUGGAAAUGCUAAAGUGACUCUGCUGUAGACUGACUGAACCUUUAUAGUGUUUAAUGCUAUAAAUAAAUAAGUGCAUUCUGUCCAGGGAUCAAUGCAGCGUUGUCAUGCUUCUAAGUGCCUUAAAUAUGGCUGAGGUCCAAACAGCUGCAAUGACUUAAAGGGGUGUGUUUGCUAUUCACCAGUUCACUAAUCUCUCCCAUUUGUGAAGGAAUUCUCCAUAAUCUCUCCCAUUCCCAAAGGAAUUCUCACUAGUCUCUUCCAAUCCCUAAGAAAAUCUGACCAGUCUCUCCCGUUCCCAAAAGGAAGUCUCGCCAGUCUCUUUCAUUCCCAAAGGAAUUCUCAAUAGCAAUCUCUCCCAUUCCCAAAGGAGUUCUCACCAGCCUCUCCCAUUUCCAAAGGAAUUCUCACCAAAUCCCGAAGGAUUCUACUCUUGAAAAAAUUCUGACCCAUGCCUCUUGCUCUUGACAGAAUUCUCACAAGGUCAUACUUUCCCAAUGGAAUUCUGACCAAUCCUACCUGCUCCUGAACUCUCUCCAACCUCACUAAUGAAAUUCUGACUCAUCUCGCCCACUCCUGAUGGAAUUCUGGCCUUUUUGUGUGUGUGUAUGUGAGAAAAUGUGGUAUGGGAUGUGGAAGUUUAGUAUUUGGACUACUAAACAGGUUGUGAGUUAGAAUCCCAGCUCUACCAAUCUGCCACUGCUGGGCCUCUGAGCAAGGCCCUUAACCCUCAAUUGUAUAAAAUAAGAUAAAAUGUAAGUCACUCUGGAUAAGAGCGUCUGCCAAGUGCCUUCAAUCCUUAAAUGUGAUGAGGAAACCUGCAAAAUGUGAUCACAUGAUUCAGACUGAAAGUAUAAAAUAUGUAAAUGGUAUCACUUCCAGCUUCUUCAAACACAUCUGGCUUCAUCACUGAUGAAGAUCGCCUUUUUAUAGACGCUACUGGAGAGCAUCAGGCUAGUUCACCGAAAGUCUGUAGCAAAUUCUUGCCCUGUUUUCACACUAGCAAGAGACGGGUCAUGCGAGUCGCUUGUACUAGGUCUCUUGUGGUCAUUAAGCGGCGGCUACUGUCGUCUCUUGCUACUGUUAUAAGCAACACAAUUGGACUCGUGCAGUAAUCUGUGUGAAAAAUAGUAGUUUUUUUAAAUGACCUGUUAUAUACUAAGCUUCAUUAGUAGAUUAGCAAAGCAAACUAACUGUACUAGCGAUGAACACACUAUACUAAACUCUGCUUGUGUGAAUGUAUUGUAUUGUAUGUGAGUGUACUGAUGGUUAAAGUUGAUUUCAUUCACAGCCGUUCAUAACUUAUUUGAAUGUAUGAUGUAUUUAUUAUGGCCUUUGGGCCACUUUAUGGAAUAUGGAGAGCUGAAGUGACAUUUUGUUAAAGUUUUGUAAAUCAUUCAGGUUUAAAAAUGAUAUUUAUUUCCAAGUUAUUAAGAGAUUUUAUGACUGGAAUGUUGUAUAGAAUGAGUUCCAUUUCAUUCUGAAUGUACCUCCGUUGAUUUAACCACUAAUUCAUUUGAACUUUGAUCUAUAGAAGGUUUUCUUGCUUAGCAAAAAUAUUAAAUAAUGUGCUUUAUAUUUUAAUCUUUUACUUCCAAUUAUAGAAGAUCCGUAAUUUAGAGUUGAUGAAGAAAAAUUCUUCACAGAUGUUUCUCCCCGAAAUGGCGACGCCCACUGAGAUUUGAUUAGCAUUUUACGCUAAUUCUGCUGUAAAUACAGCGAUAGGGCUCACUGAGGCCUUUUUCUUGGAAAUUUACCAUCAGAUCUGAGAGAAAGUUUGCUAUUUCUCAGUUUGGAGUCGUUUUUAGUGUCAUUCUGUCUUUAUAUUGUCUGCAAAAGAUAUCUCUACAGACUAGGUAGCAAAAUAAUAGCCUAGUGCCUGGUUUCCCAGUUGCCUUGCAACUUGUUUAAGGUCCUUAUUUCAAAAUCAACUUUUAAAAGAAAGAAAAGGCGAAUAUUUAUGACUUAAUUGACUAUAUUUGAGGGAAAGGAGGGUGAAAAUCUGGUAAUUCUUUUAAAAAUAAGAGUUUUUGUGUUUGUUUUGUGAAUUAGGAUGAACUCUUGCAACCUGCUGUCUUUUAUAUUGAUUUUAUUUUAACCCUGCAUUAUCACAAUUUCACCCCAGAGCCUGGAUUCUUUGGCGCUAUAUCUAUAUCUAUCUAUAUAUA